AACCCAAGAAACAAACAAAAGUCAAAACGGGGUAAUUAAACUGAAACUGAUGAUUCGGUUCACAAAAAUGAUUUGAAGUAGUUUUAUAAUGAAGUGUAAGAACAAUGUUGAAGGGAAAGUCUGUGGAGCAGAUAUCUCCCCUUCUUCAAAAUUCUGUGGAUUUUGUGGUGGAAAAGUAGUGACUGAAGAAGAUAACACUACAAAAGCUUGCCCUAAAUGUUCUUUCCUGAUCACCAAUAGACAGAAGUUCUGUUCUGGAUGUGCAUGGCAGAUUGAUCCUAGCAUAUUUCUUCAAAAGAAAAUAUUUUGCCAAGGAUUAACUCCAGAAAACAAAAUAUGUGGUGUGGAAUUAUUGCCAGGUGUUAAAUUCUGCAGUGAAUGUGGAACCGUGCAGAGUAUUUCCACAGGAGAAACUAAAGUGAAAGUUUCUGAACCUGUUAGAGAAGUGAAAGUUGAUGAAUUUAUGAAGGAUGAACUUCCUAGAAGACAACCCCAUGAAAGUUCUGGAUCUGGGUCAUCUAGUCGAUCAGAGAGUCCUGAUACUUGGAGACCACCAGGUAAACCCAUAUCAACUCCUGACUCAAGUUGCGGGGAAAAUGAAAUGCAUGCAUCUGGAGGACCACAGCUACCCCUUAGAAGUAUUGGAGAGUAUAAGUCUGAGGAGAAUGAAGAAACAGCUGAUUCUGAAUAUUUACAGGAGGAAAAGAUAGAAAGAAGAGAAAGCAGUAAUGAAGAUAAUGCUGAAAACAGUGGAGAUCUUGAAAUAGAAACCAACCUGUCUUCAGCAACUGACACAGUGAAUAAUAAUGUGACUGAACAAACACCAGCACAAGAACCAAUGGAAACAGAGCCGAAUAUUGAGGGAGGUAACUCAUGGACACAGUACACUGAAAAUUCUCAAACACUUAGUUAUGAGAAUAGGUCAACUUUAACCCUGAAUGUUACAGGGUCAAAUGUUAUCAGACCUCAUUCAUUUACACUACCAAGUAGUAAUACAGCACCAUUAGAUGGUAUGCCAUCAGAACCAGAAAGGGAGACAACUGUGACAGAAGAAAUGGAAGAAAAUUCUGGAAAUCCACUAGAGGAAAUUCCACCUCAUAAUAUGGUGACUGGAAGUAAACAGCCUUCUCAAGGAAAAAGCAAGGUACAAGAACUCACCAAAAAGUUUGAAAGUACAGUUACUAUUGAAAGCAGUGGUAAAAAUCAAGAGCCCAAUAAUGGAAGUCCAGAACUGAAGAGAGAAAUCAGUCAUUCAUCAGCUGGAAGUGAAUUGGGCUCAGAUGAGGACAACUCAUCUAGUGAUGAAGAUGAUGACGAUGAAGACCCCAAAAAAGACCAAACACCAGGGAGUAAAGGGGCUAAAAAGAAACCAAAAGGGGCAAAAGAAAAAAGACAGAAGAAAAAAAUGAGAAAGGAAAGAAAUAAAAGAAGAAAAUUAAACUUACCUGAAACUGAGUCUGGUACUGAAGACAAAGAUACUACCGCCACAAGUAAAAAGGAAACAACUUCCUCAAGAAAGGAAGAGGUGAACAAGCAGCAAGAUGAUGCUUACAAACAGAAAGAUGAAAGUACCAAGCAGAAGGAAGCAGCAUUGUCUGAGAUGUCAAAUGAUAAGAAACAGCAAGAAAAGGAGAAGCCAUACAAUACUAGAAGCACAACUCAAGGGAACAUUUCAAAGAAAGACAAGGAAACAACAAAUUUAGAAAAAACAAAUGAAGGAAAAGCAGAAAAUGAAAAACCUUAUAAUACAAGAAGUACUACACAAGAAAAGGAAACACAGCAGAACUUGAACACCAACUCAACACAGACAAAUAAGAAUACUGGAGAUGGAAAAAGUACACAGGAAAAUAAAAGCACUGCUAACAAAUCAAAUGCUGUGUCGAAGAAAAUUGAGUUUGCAGAAGUUUAUUUCCAUAUCAUUGUAUCCCCAACGUUUUUACCUGACAACCAGAAAGGGGAUGUCCAUGUCUCAUUUCAAUCAUCAACACUAGGUGGAUGGAAAUGUAAAAAACACAAAAUGAAUUUCAAAAGAAUUCAUGCUGAUGGCCAUCUUGAAUAUGAAGGUGUGGUAAAAAUUCCAAAAGAUAUUUUGAUGACACGUUUGUAUUAUUGUUACUAUGUGGUUAAAAAUGGCAAUGAGGUUAUUGAGGAGUACAUUUAUUGCCAUUCAUCAGAAGCAAAACAUCGAACCUUGUCUGUGGAACAUGGCAAAAUGAGAGAUACCAUUCAUCAAUUUGACGGAGUUAUUAAGGAUAAAGUAGAAAAAGACAAAAACAAAGGAAUGAUAAAAACCUUCAAAGGCUGGUUUGGUGUAGAUGAUUAUAAGAAAGAGCUUAAGAAAGAAGCAGCCUUUUCAUUCAAAGCAUUGGCACCACAAGUACUGUUGUCAAUAAAGGAAACUACUGGUGUAACAGGAGAAGAAAUAAUAUUUUACAUUGAAAGUUUGUUAGAAGGACUAGAUUCAGCAUAUCGUGUUACUGCUGGAUUAUGGUAUACAGGCAGAGAAUUCCUGUCAUACAUGUCAAAGGAAAUACACAAUUUCAUAGCGGGACAGUUAAGUAGAUUAUAUGAGAAGAAAAAAUCAAAAGUUGAUGAUGAAGACCAUGUCUUACACUUGUCAGCUGCUAUUGCCUUCAUUUCCUUGAAAGAUACUUAUGGUGUUCAGCUGACAGAUGUAGAAGAUGAUAACCUGUGUAGAGCUCUUUUGCCUAUUUUGAAUGACAGAAAACAAUGUCCUGAAUUUGAAGGAUUAAAAGACUACUUUCCAAAGACAAAGAAAAGAAUAACAUCCUCAUUGUUGAAGGUAAUGAAACAGUUUGCAUCAGACACAAACAAGUCCUGUAUGUUAUUUUGUGUUCCUCUUUUACAUUAUCUGUAUGAUAAAUAUGUACCUUAUCAAGCUGCCACCCCUAGGGUGAACCACGAAGAUGCAAGGCCGGAAUGGUGGGGCACUGCAGAAUUUGACGACCAGCUUAAAAUGUUUAAAGGGAAAUCUAAAUGGGACAGGAAAAGGAGUGAACUUACGCAGUUGUUGGCACCAUACUUUAAAGUGGACUAUUUAUUUCCAAGAACCUUUUUAGCAUGUGUGAAUUUUUUCCAUGUAACAGAAGUUGUUAACCUAGAGUUGCUGCCUCCAGAUGCUGUUCUUGCAACACUCUGUUUUCACAUCAAAGCUGAUUCCCAUACUGGAAAUUAUGUUACAAAAGAAAAGGCUACGGGUGCCAUAAAAACUCUAGAAAAACUGUCAUCUAUACUGUUGAAAUUGGCUCAAGAUUGUGACUUAACAAUUGAGACACCUCUGAGAAAUUACAAAAUUGCUGGCAAUAUUCUGGACCUAGUAGGUACCAAAUAUGUAGCAGAAGAUUAUAAAUCACCUCUAUGCAUCGGUGUAGCUGAAGUUUUCUUUAUAUCCAUUGAUUGGUUUGAAAGAUGCCUCAAAAGGAGACAGGCACAGGGCAAAACUGGAGCCUAUACAGACCAUCUUUUAACUUUCCAAAAACACAGAGAGAGAUUAAAGAACAUCAUGAUCAAUGAGCGUUACUAUGGAUAUGAAGAAUAUUUCUUGAGGGUCUGGAAUAGAGCUUUGGAGGUGAGAAUUCCAGAUGGAGAACUCAAAGAUGCUUACAUUAAAUUUUUGAGAGAUGAGUUGAAACAAACCCUUGAGAAAUGUUCAACGAUUUUUGAUAAUUGUGGAUUCAUAAGUAUUUGCUAG